GCUGAAGCUAAGGGAGCAUGUGGGCGGUGCUACUAGCGGGAGGAGUAAAGAUGGCGGCGCGGGGGCCUCCGCCUUCAUUCCCUGGCUGAAGCCCUCCGAGGGAGGCGGCAGUGGCCACACAGGGCUACCAACAGUCUUGUGGUGGUACUUUUGGCAGCAGCUGCGGAAGCUCGAGCAAUGGCGGAGCUGGAGCACCUGGGAGGGAAGCGAGCAGAGUCGGCGCGAGCGCGGCGGGCUGAGCAGCUGCGGCGCUGGCGAGGCUCGCUGACAGAGCAGGAGCCCGCGGAGCGACAGGGCGCGGGGCGCCAGCUGCAGACCAGACGCGGGAGCCCCAGGGUCCGCUUCGAAGACGGUGCGGUCUUUCUAGCUGCCUGCUCCAGCGGGGACACGGACGAGGUGAAAAAGCUUCUGGCAAGAGGUGCGGACAUCAACACGGUCAACGUGGACGGCUUGACAGCCCUGCACCAGGCCUGUAUUGAUGAAAAUUUGGACAUGGUGAAGUUUCUGGUGGAGAACAGAGCCAAUGUAAACCAGCAGGACAACGAGGGCUGGACACCCCUGCAUGCAGCAGCUUCCUGUGGUUAUCUCAACAUAGCAGAGUAUUUUAUUAGCCAUGGAGCCAGUGUGGGUAUUGUGAACAGUGAAGGUGAAGUUCCUUCUGACCUUGCAGAGGAGCCAGCCAUGAAAGACCUUCUUCUGGAACAAGUAAAGAAACAAGGCGUUGAUCUAGAGCAGUCAAGGAAGGAGGAAGAACAGCAGAUGUUGCAGGAUGCCCGCCAGUGGCUCAACAGCGGAAGAAUAGAAGAUGUGAGGCAGGCUCGCUCAGGGGCCACUGCCCUGCAUGUAGCUGCUGCCAAGGGUUACUCUGAAGUCCUCAGGCUUCUCAUUCAGGCUGGCUAUGAACUCAAUGUUCAGGAUCAUGACGGCUGGACUCCUCUUCAUGCAGCUGCACACUGGGGAGUAAAAGAGGCUUGCUCCAUCCUGGCAGAAGCACUCUGUGACAUGGAUAUCCGGAACAAACUGGGCCAGACGCCAUUUGAUGUGGCUGAUGAAGGUCUCGUGGAGCACUUGGAGAUGCUUCAGAAGAAGCAAGAUGUGCUUCGAAGUGAAAAGGAGACACGGAAUAAGCUCAUCGAGUCAGACCUGAAUAGCAAGUUUCAGAGUGGACUCUUUAAGAACAAAGAGAAGAUGCUUUAUGAAGAAGAGAUCCCGAAGUCCCAAGACACAGAGGAAGAAAACAAAGAGUCCAGCAGCUCCAGCUCAGAGGAGGAGGAAGGGGAAGAUGAAGUUUCUGAAUCAGAGACUGAGAAGGAGGCAGAUAAAAAGCCAGAAGCCACUGUCAACCAUUCCAACUCUGAAAUCAAGAGUCGGAUCAUGGAGCAGAUCCCAGCCCCAGCUCAGAACACCUUCUCUGCCUCUUCAGCUAGGAGACUGUCCAGUCUUUUCAACAAGGCAGAAGAGCCUAAAGAUGAAUCUCCCUCUUCCUGGAGACUGGGGCUCAGAAAAACUGGUAGCCACAAUAUGCUGAGUGAAGUGGCCAAUUCCAGGGAGGCCCUUAGGGAUCGAGGUUCUUCCAUCUACCGGUCCUCCUCAAGCCCUCGGAUCUCUGCUUUGCUGGAUGACAAAGAUAAGGAAAGAGAAAACAAAAGCUAUUUCAGUAUGCUAGUACCCCGGAGGCUCAGCAGCACAAGUGACAUUGAAGAAAAGGAGAACAGAGAGUCAGCUGUUAAUCUAGUAAGGAGUGGCUCCCAUACCAGGCAGCUGUGGAGGGAUGAAGCAAAGGGAAGUGAAACCCCACAGACAAUCGCUCCUUCCACUUACACGUCAACUUACUUGAAAAGUGCUUCAUUUGGUAAAAGUAGUGACCCCACAAGUCCCUACAUUUCAGCCAAUCGCAAUUCAUCUCCUGCUACCUCACCCAUUACCAUUGGUUCAUCAACCUCUCGGGGCAGCCAGUGGCAACCUGCCUCUUCUUGCCCUGCACCAGUCAGUACAAACACUCCUGCACCUGUGCAGCACGUCAGGACUCCUUACAAGUCCCAGGCUGACUCAACAGCAGAGAAAACAGCAGACAGUGUCUCCUCCAGCACCCCACUGUGUGUGAUCACCAACCGUCCUGCGCCAAGUACUGCCAAUGGGGUUCCAGCUGCCACAGUGUUCUCCUCCGCUGGAACAGACCCCUCUGUGGAGGCCCGGGAGAAGAGGAGGUCUUAUCUAACUCCUGUACGGGAUGAGGAGGCAGAGUCAUUACGGAAAGCACGCUCCAGACAAGCUCGGCAGACGCGAAGGUCUACUCAAGGUGUUACCCUAACAGACCUCCAAGAAGCAGAAAAGACUUUCAGCCGUUCGAGGGCAGAGAGACAAGCCCAGGAGCAGCCUGGGGAGAAGCUUGAAGAUCCUGGUGGCCUCGAAGGAAGCACCAAGAAGCAGGAGCCAUCGGCAGCCCCAACAAAGGGAGCUGGCGAGGGCAGAAGUCUGGAGGAAGAGCCUAUCUAUCAUCGCCUAAGGUAUCCAACUCAACCAGACAAACCCACGACACCAGUUUCUCCUUCUGCAUCAAGACCCUCACUCUACACUGGCUCUCAUCUACUGCGCACAAGCAGAGCUUCAGGCCCUGACUCUGAGAAUUCAGAGACUAGCACACACGCCACAGCGGCAAAGGAAAUGGACACGAGUGAGAAAGGAGAAGCUGAUUUGGAUGAUCAGUCCUCUAACAGGCUGUCUGUCCGGGAACGGAGAAGAGCUAAAGAUAGGCGAAGAGGCACCGGCAUUAACUUCUGGACAAAUGACGAAGAUGAAACAGAUGUCUCUGAAGAGGUCAAAGAAGCUUUGCAUGAAAGACUUUCUAGGUUGGAGUCAGGAGGCACCAAUCCGACCAGCAGCGAUUCUUACAGUGACCGUGCCUCAGCAAGAGCCCGUCGGGAGGCCAGGGAGGCUCGUCUAGCCAGCCUGACCAGCCGGGUAGAAGAGGACAGCAACAGGGAUUAUAAGAAACUCUACGAGAGUGCCCUGACCGAAAACCAAAAGCUGAAAACAAAGCUUCAGGAGGCCCAGCUAGAGCUUGCCGAUAUAAAAGCCAAGCUUGAGAAGAUGGCCCAGCAGAAACAAGAGAAGACCUCUGACCGGUCCUCGGUGCUGGAGGUGGAGAAGCGGGAGAGGCGAGCACUGGAACGGAAAAUGUCGGAAAUGGAAGAAGAGAUGAAGAACCUUCACCAGCUAAAACAGAUUCAAACCUUGAAGCAGAUGAACGAACAACUGCAGGCUGAGAACAGGGCCCUGACCCGAGUGGUGGCCAGACUCUCCAAGUCCAUCGAGUCCUCCGACACCCAGGAGCUCUAGCUCUUGCCCUUGCUCUCCACCUCACUUCCCUCCUCUGCUACUCCAGGUGUUAACAGAACUGAAAUCUGACAAUCAGAGGCUGAAAGAUGAAAAUGGCGCCCUCAUCCGAGUCAUCAGCAAACUGUCCAAAUAGCUGAAGUCAGGUCUGGGAGGAGGGCACAGCAUUCGCUGCCCACCCUGUGUUUCCAGCUAUGGCCUUCUGGCCAAAAGACAUGAAUGUUUUGGGAGGAGGGCCCCUCCCUGUGGCCCUCGUCAGUCACCUCCUCUGCACUGUCCAUGCCCCAUUGCCCCCGCACCUCUAUCCCAAGUUUUACGGCAGUUUUAACUGAAGCAUGAUUGUGACCAUUUCAAGCAAUCUGGAGAAAGCUUUGUGGGGCACACCAAGCUCAGCCUGUGACCUCCCAACUUUCUGCUGCUUUGUCCACAUUGGUUUUGGUCCAGAUAUGUAAGGCUUUGACCCAUAACCUUUAUACUGACCCACUGUUCUUUAUAUAGGUGAGCCUUGUGGUGGCCAUUCUGGAAUCCUAUCUAGGGUGCCAAGAGAAAGGGUGGAGUGCGGAGUUGCUCUCUGGACUGCCUCUGGAGCUGUCUGCUUAGAGUCCAAGGUGACCAUGGCUCUGUGCUGAGGCGGUUACUCACCUCUCAGGAACUGACUUGUUUUUACUUUUCUAUCAGUAACCUAGGAACAUCACUGAGUAGUCCUAACCUCACUUCUCCCUCUCCGCAAGGCCAAGGCAGCCUUGGACUCUCUCGCUCCUUUUCUUUCUGUGCUUUGGUGAUUUCUCCUUCCACCCUGAUGGUGUAAAAGCCGAAGCCGAAGCCGAGCUCCCAGUCUCAGCUGUCUGGAAACUCGUCCCUCUGCUGCCUCGGUGCCGUGACCCUGUCCCUGUGAAGCUAGAGGAUGGCUUAAGGGUCAGCCUGUUGUUCUUAUCUCCUAUGUGUCUGCUUACAAAGUGGUUUUCUGUACUCUCCAAGUUGUACAAGUAAUAUGCAUCUAUAAUCCCAGCACUUGGGAAGCUGAGGCAGGGGGAUCAGGAAUUUGAGGCCAGCUACAUAGCAAGACCCUCUCUCCAGAAAGAGAAGGCCUGGGUGUUGAGUGCUCCAGUUUGCCUUGCUCCCGUUCUCCACUCAGGCCCCUGCUCCUCAUGAGAAGUGGAGUUGCUGCAAGGAGGCCUGGGGAGAGCCGGGGCGGAAGCUAGACUAGGGGAUGGAAGCAGGCCAGAGACGUGAGAGCAUCCGAGGACACUUGGAGCACUGCGGUGACACUGCCUGGGUGGUGGGGACUGCUUUCUGGUGGCCACAUCCAGGGGAGAGGUCCCUUCCUAGAAGCCAACAGGAUCAGUGACUGCUGGGUAGAGACUGGAGAUGAAGAAGAGUACUUGUGGACUCUCAGGAGUGGCAAGCCCCAUAGACCCUCUGGCCCAGUGUCCCUGUGCCUCCCUGCUGCCAUAACUCUGACCUGUGGUCAGCCGCUGAGAGCUAUGUCUGUCUGUCUUACUUGAACUUCAGGCACCUCUAUUACAUUUUAUACUAAUAGAAGCUGGGUCUGCUGCUUCCUGCCAGGAUAGCACACUAGGUGUGGGUGUAGUGGUCUCUACUUACCUAGUCCCUGAGUCCCUCCUCAGAUGUUGUGAUUUUGAUGCCUGUCACAUCUUGACUACCAUCCUCUAGAGUCUAGGCAAGCAGCCCUCUAGCUUAUCAUGCCUCAGCAUAUAUAAAAUAUGCCAUAGUUCUAGCACACAGUUAAACUGCUAGCUCUUGUCGAUGAUCCAGUGCUGAUGGGUAUAAUGUGGCAUUUUGUCCUUUGGUUCACAUUAAAGGACACAUCCUUUAAUGCCUCAUUGUUUGAGGGUUGCUAGUGAUGUGGACCAUUCUAACACUACCUCUGUUAGUUUUUCAUGAGGACACCACUGUCCUUUUUGGUGGCCCUUACAAACUUUGUGUGCUCUUAAACAGAACUUGUAAUUCAGGGUCCCUAGUACAGGAUGGGAACAGUGUCUCCUCUGGCACUUUCAGCACAUGUAAGAGUCUCUCUUUUCCACUUCACCCGUUCCUCUGAGGAGCCUUGUGUUGGACUGCUCUCCUCUUGUGACGCACUGAGCCACGGGGAGAAAGACCUGUCUUCUGCUAUAGGAAGCACUCCCUUCUUGCUAGGAGAUGUCGACAAGAUGCCAACCAGUUCUCAUAGUGUGGAUUGAAUUUUGGGAAAGAGGGGAUUGCUGCCUCAUUCUUGGGGAAAGAAAAUGGGCUUGUAGGAAAACAGGGCCUCCUCCUUCACAGGCCUGGGGAGGUAUUCAGAGUCGCAGGCCUUUAGGCCUUCUGAAGCGUAGGAAAGGUUCUAAAAACCUCACAACGGGCAUUAUACCCGCCGUUGUAUGUGGCCUUCAUGUUUAAGAUGCCACCUCUUACCAGGAAGGUUUCCUUUUGAUAAGCUAUUGGCAAGCUUUUUAGCCUCGGCAGUACUAGCCUCUGUGGCCAAGAGCCCAUCAGAGCACACACAGUCCCAAGCCAUUCCUGGCACUUCUUUCAGGCCACUAAUCUUAUUAGAAGCAUUGUGAAUUUGGUCUCUUCCAGAGAAGAGAACUCCAUUUCUUCAAAAUCAUACUGACUGAAAGCCCCCAUGAAAGACACGGCCUCCUGAGGCCAGCUGUUGUAUGUGUUCAGUCUCCCUUUCCCGUGUUGCUUGGUCGGCCUCCCCAGCGGCCACAAGCCUCACCUGCUGGCUUCUCGGGAGUUUACUGUCCCACUGCAGGCAGGCAGGCAGGAAGGAAGGACUCAGCCUUGUCACACCAGUCUUCAUGGGAAAUUAAGACAGGGACAAGAAGGUUUUCAUUCAUUUGACAGCUUCCAAUACCCACGCCCUCUUUGAGGGUAACACUGGUCAGUCCAGAGAGCCCCUGGCUGGAGUUGGCCUGUUUGACUUUCAGGUUUUUAGAACCUUUCCUGACAGUUCUUGGAAGUGCCAAUCCCCAGCUCCAUCCCAGGCUAGGGGAAGAGCUGUGCACAUUCAAGGGCGUUGCCUCUGAAGACUCUGAAGAAUAGCUCUGUCUUGGAGCCGCACCUCCUUGCGUCUGCCUAGCAGUGGGAUGUGUCCUCACCCUGCUUGCCAAGCCUCAGCCCCUGAGAUGCAAGGAUUGCUCAGUGGGAUUGCUGGCAGCUUCCACUCAGGAAGUCCAGGAGCAGUCUGUGGGCCUCAGGAGAGUACAAGAACCAGAGUGAAGGGCCUCUCCAAGCCAUGCCCCUGUGGGGCUCUGCUCUCUGGCCCCUCUGCAGCCUUUGCUAGCAGAGACAGCUCUGACCAUUGCUUGCACACCUUUUCAGCGGAGGGCCCUGUCCACAUCCAUGCCCAGGGAUAGCUGCAGCUCAUCUGCCAUUCUAUUCUGAAGAGAAGUGCAAAGCCUCAAACAAUAUAGACUCCCUCAACCCCGGAAGUGAGGCAGCUUUGAGGGCAGGGUACUUUAAAGUCCUCUUGGCUUAAAAUUCUGUGACUUUAUUCAAAGAUGAGGACUUUUUUACACUUAGAUUUCUGCUUCAAAAAUUGCUUAACUUUGAAUUUUCAGGAUCAGUCUUGCUUUUUUCCCAAAUUCAGGCUAAUGCUGGCCUGUCAGGGUCGACCUCCCCUCCGUGUUAGAAAGUGAAUUUAACAUUGAAAGCGACUGAGUAGUGGUGUGAUUGCUUUCCCUCCUGGUGGUUAUGUAAAAAUAUUACCAAGCUGCAGAGGUAGAGAUCGGAGCUGCUGUGAGGCCUAGGCCCGCCCUAGCGUACAGUGGGCAUCCUAGGAAACCGGCUGCUGCUGCUGCUGCUGCUGCUGCUGCUGCUGCUGCUAGGUUUGCUCAGCCUCAGACUCUCUGCUUGGCACCAACUCAUUUCUAGUCUGGAGCUCUGCCCUGGGCAGCAGGAGAGCCUUCCUCAGGCUGCUGUGGGAGGUACUCUUCCCAGGAGACACCAUGACCACAGCACAGAUGCACAGUUGGGGCUUGGAUGUGAGGAAAGGGACGAACCCUGGGGCUGGGUGCCUGCAUGCUGUAGUGGGUAAAAGGCAGAGGAAGGUGUGUGCAUGUGGAACAGGGUGGAGGUCGGAGCCUGGGAGAAAGGAAGCCAGGCUUCUGCACCUGCAAGUGUGUUCUGUCUCAUUGAGUUCGUCCCUCAGCUCCAGCUGAGCGAGAUUUUAAUCAGCUCCUCUAAUGGGUAUUGACACUGCUCGGAGCAGUCGACUCUGUCAGGGACAACUAUUGAUUGCUUGUGUUCUGAUUAGAUUGGAAAAAUAGAUCAACUUCAUUAUAGCCCAGAAGCUGUCACUGUCACAGCUACAAAGGGAUGAAGUGGUCUCUGAGGGCUGAGGAGAAUCAGUUGGCCUCCUGACAAGCCAGAGAGUAGGUGAAAGUUGUGGCCACGUCUCCGUGAGAGCUGUGGUUAAGGGUCACAGAUCUCCUGUGGUGCCUGGUGACCCAGCGCCUGGCUGCCCAGGUCUGGCAUUUCCUGACUGGAAUGGGGAUGUACAGUUUGUCCCAGUGUGCUCUGUCUCUUGCUCCUCAUCGCUCUCCCCGUUUCCCAAAGCACUUCUCCCAUCCAAAUUGGGAAUCUGCCAGAAUGACAUUUUGUUAUUUUGCCUCUAAAAUUUCCCCUAAUGUUUCCAAUAAAAUUUUGCUUGGGUGGCCCCUUAAGGUGUCACCAAGAUGCUAACCGAGGCCCCUCCAAAAUAAGCACACCUCCCCCUUCCUUCCCUCUCAGCCCCCUCCACACGCCUUAGGCCUUGCUUCUACACUUGGACUUGAUGGUGCUCGAGGGAAGAGGUUUUCCAUUAAUCAGCCAAGAGUCCUUGAGGAUUUUCAAAUGCCAACAGCAUGUCAUUCUGCCCACCACCCACGGCUACCCCCGUCUACUUUCGAAACUCCCUGGCUGUGCUAGCAGCCCUCAAAGACAAGGUUUGGCUUAUAGGUCAGCACGACCCCUCUGUUUCAGGGUCGUGUCUGCUCAUUCUAUCUUUUCUGAAAGAUGUGACUGGUACCGGCUGAAGGCAGAAGUGUUUCCUCAGCACAGGCUGGACGAGUUUAUUUGCAUCGUGACAGCCACUCAGCCAAGCAGGAGAGAAGAUCCACAAAAGGUCCAACCAUGAGGAGUGAGAAGAGCCUCUGACAGGCAUCAGAGCUGGGAUCCUGACCAAGGGACACUCAGGCUGCCACCAGCUUGACUCUCUCCAGAGUGCGUGUGUCUGUGCUGUUCUCCACCCUGUUCUCCUGAGAACUUGAGCAGAAGGUACCCAGCCUAUCCUAGGAUAGGGGAGACUAUGUGAAAGCAGUUGUAGUAAAGGUACCAGAAGGCACAGGGUACAGGGAGAAGAUUCGGAGAGGAUGCACCCGUCCAACAUGGCCACCUUUCUAGUCAGCAUCCCUUGAGCCCCUGGCAGCUCAGCCCUCCUAUGGCUGGCACCUCUCCUCUGCAGGGUCAGUGGUUCAGACCCAGCUUUGGUUUUACGUUUUCUUCCAGGCACGUGUGCUCCGCUCCAAUCCUGGUCACCACUUCAGCACUAGCAUUUUGUAUUUCCUCUCUCUACCCUUCACCCAUGCUUGAUGCACCGAGUGGAGCUGUUCGCCAGCCGAGUUGUGUGGAUUAACCUCAGUCAACUGUAAAUACACCUGGAGGAGGCUCCCGAGGGCAGGGAGCCAGGCUGGCUUCCCGAACUGAAUGUAUUUUUAUGCAAUUUUGAGUGGCCUUUUCAACCCUGAGAUGGAUGGAUUUAUUUGUUUUACUGAUUGUUGUUAUAUAGUAUUAAGUAUUCUGUGUUUGAAAGUUUGGGAAUAAUAUUCACAUCUAUAAGAUGCCUGUAAACACAGCAGUAUUUAUAAAUGAGUAAAUAAAACUGUGUUUUACCUUUG